AUGGGACUCUGUGAUCAGUGCCAGACGAUUCCUUUCUGGGAUCUCCCACCUUUUCAAUUAUCUGACUAUACCUCCGGCCUAGAACAGCUUGGAAAACAACACUAUCUCAACCUAACCCGCAAGGGUGAUGUGCCUGCCGCAGAUAAGCCAAUAGGAUUUCAUUGGCACCAGGACCGAGGCGGCUUGUGGCAAUCUGCGGCUGGCGGAUGCCCUUUGUGCCGUCUUGUGGACAAGCAGGCCCGUCUGGUGCUGUCAGACUUGGAUGGCGGCGACCACUAUGCGCAUGUCACGGAAAACACUCCACGUCAAGCUAGUCUUCUUCGGCAAAUGGAGGAAAAAGUGAGGGCUCGUUUGCACGUUAGCGAGAAGGAAACGAACCAAGAUGAAGACAACCACAAUUUGUCGACGAGCAUACCUGCGGUGGCGACCGAUGAUCGCAAUGUAGCUCUGCCACGGCCCAGUUUUGAUCUCUGGCUCACAAAUCGCGGCUCAUCCGGCGCAGGCCUUAUGGUCUUCUCGACUUCAAUACAGGAACCUGGAGUUGCUCCAGAAAAGUGCCUCAUUCCCAUUGCUGUCAUUGGGUUUUGCUCAAAGCCCAAGGAUCCUCUUUCGAAAAUUCUGGCGGGUCGCACAAUCGAAGCAGUUCCGGGCCCCAGUGCGUUCGAAAUUGCAAACAACUGGUUGGAGCAAUGCAAUAAUCGCCACCUGCUUUGUUCUGAGCACCUCGGUCAGCCGCCUGCUCUUUUACUAGAUUUGGGCGAGGCCACAACAAAUCACAGUCAAGCAACAGUCAGACUUUGCGAGCCUCCUGAGGAGGAGCCUCUGCGAUAUGUUGCGCUUAGCUAUUGCCAUGAUGAAGGGUCUAGUCAUAACGCCUGGGAAAACCUCAAAUCUAGCUACGCCAACAUGAGAAGCAAUCCCAAACGUGCGCCAGGGGAGCGUAUUGAGCAUGACAACCUUUGUCGGGUGUUUCAAGACGCGAUAGUUGCGACUCGGAGGCUCGGGCUGCGCUACCUGUGGAUCGACUCGCUGUGCAUCCCAACAGUUGAUGAUGAGAAAACCUGGACCCGAGAUUCGGAAAACCUAGCCAUGGUGUACAGGUAUGCUUACCUGGUAAUUUCAGCCACAGGAGCGUCCGGCCCUUCGAAGGGUCUAUUCGAGCAGCGGAGCCCCAAAGACUACGAGUAUUUCUCAAUGAAAGCACAAUCAGCAGACGGCAACUAUACGGUAGGCAACGUUGCAGCCAUAUCAUUACCUCUACAGGACGAGAUAUGUGGACGGUGUCCUGAACUGAGGUCCGAGCCUCUCGGUCGAAGUGCCUGGGCCUUCCAGGAACGUGUUCUUGCCCGGCGAGUCUUGCAUUUCACGAGAGACCAGCUUCGCUUUGAAUGCAUUUGUGGAGAAUUUGACCCCGUGUACAUCAAAGAUACCGUCACCGGCGAGGUUUCCGUGGCAAAAGUUACCUCCGUCAUGGAACCGUGGAGUGCGAUCUUGUUUUGGUACAGCGGCCUAGAUCUCGCAGACCCGUCAGAUCGACUCCCUGCCAUUGCCCAAACGGCGCGUGCCUUUCGUGAUAUGGCGCAGCUGCCUGACAAAGAUAGCGAUUACCUGGCAGGGAUCUGGAGAAGCCAUCUAAUUGACGGUAUGAUGUGGGGAUCUAUGAAUGAUUUGCCUCUCUUUCAUUCUACGGAGAUUCAGGACGGCACGCCCUCUUGGUCUUGGGCAUCUGUUACUGGACCUGUCACCAACAUUCUGUGGACGUCGGGGAAUUAUAGCCUCAUUGGGGAGGUCAUCGAAGCUCAUACUGAUGUUGCCGACCCUGCUAAGCAGUUCGGGAGGGUCACUGGCGGCUUCAUAAAGAUCCGAGCACCAACCUUGGCUGUAUCAAUGGUUGAGGUCCCUUUAAAAGACGGCACAAUAGGCCUGCGACCAACCGAGGCUGGUGAUUCUUCUCGCCGAGUGGGGACUAUCAGCGCUUUUUUUGAAACAAUAGAUAACAGUUUUGAUCGCUCCGCAGAACAAGUUCGCCAGAUGAAGCUGUUCAUCGUGGUCUUGGCAAGUUCGUUGCACCCCAGCAGUGGCGAGGAGUUCUAUCAUGGUCUUCUUGUCACGCCAGCGAACGAUAAUGAGGGCGUACUGAAGAAAGUCGGAAGGUAUAUCCAGGCAGCAAAGGGGGCACGCAGAUGGGGCAUUGACCUGGAUAGUCCGGUGCAGACAAUCACACUUGUCUGA